CAGCAGGUGCCUCCAAACAAGAGCGCGUGCUGCUUCCUUGCAAGCCUGCAUUUCCCAAACUGACCUUGCAUAUCAAAUCCUCUCGACGAUCUCGCGCUUCUUCCUCCCAAUCCCAACCCCAACGCAAUUCCUUGCGAUUUUUUCCCCCUUUUUGGUUCGAUCGAUCCCGUUCCCUGAUCCCGUCUCGAUGUGACGCAUCAUCGAUCCAUGUGGUCCUUAUCCCGAUCGCCUCGAGUCAAAUCAUUUUAUAAUACGCACCCACCUGCUGCGCUCCAAGGCAGCACGCACGCAAAGCUAGUUUCUUGAGCAGCCAUGGCGACGGCGGGGGAGGCGGCGUCUCCGGCGGGCUCCGGCGGCGGGCGCCGGCGGCGCGUGCUGCUGUUCCCGGUGCCGUUCCAGGGCCACCUCACCCCGAUGCUGCAGCUGGCCGGGGCGCUGCAUGCGCGGGGCGGCGGCGGCCUGGGCGUCACCGUGUUCCAUGCCGCCUUCAACGCGCCCGACCCGGCGCGCCACCCCGCGGGGUUCCGCUUCGUCCCCGUCGGGGAGGGCGUGCCGUCGGCCGACCUGGUCCCGUCCGGCAGCGACGCGGACUUCGCCGGCGCGCUGCUGCGGAUCGACGACCGCCUCCGUGAGCCGUUCCGGGAGUGCCUGCGCCAGGCGCUCGCCGAGGAGGAGGAGGAGGAGGAGGAGGGCGGCGGGGCGGCGGCGGCGUGCCUGGUGGUGGACUCCAACCUGCGCGGGAUACAGCUGGUGGCGGAGGAGCUCGGCGUGCCGACGCUGGUCCUGCGCACCGGCGGCGCCGCCUGCCUCGUCGCCUACAUGGCGUUCCCGGUGCUCUGCGACAAGGGCCUCCUCCCGCCGGCGUCCCAAGAUAAGGCCCAGUUGGACAUGCCAUUGGAUGAGCUUACACCACUACGGUUGAGAGACGUGGUGUUCUCGGCCCCUGCUAUGCAUGGUAAUAUGACGAGAUGCCUACAGCGUUUAGUGGAUGCAGCGAGGAAUUCUUCCGGUGUCAUCCUCAACACCUUCCAAGACCUUGAGGAUUCAGAUAUCCAAAAGAUCACCAGUGGCCUCGGUGUUCUGGUGUACACGAUAGGGCCGCUUCACAAGAUUUCGUCAGGCACUGAGAGCAGCUUGCUAGCACAAGACCAGACUUGCUUGAAGUGGUUGGACAAGCAAGAGGCUGACUCUGUUCUUUAUGUGAGCUUGGGGAGCUUGGCGUCUAUGGAUGAGAAGGAACUGUUGGAGACAGCAUGGGGCUUGGCCAACAGCCAGAGGCCGUUUCUGUGGGUGAUCCGCCAUAACAUGGUCAAGUCCUUAUCACACGAGGUGAGCCUGCCGGAUGGCUUUGAGGAGGCGACCCAUGGUAGGGGAAUGGUGGUGCCAUGGGCCCCACAGCAAGAGGUUCUUGCUCACCAUGCCAUUGGCGGCUUCUGGACUCACAAUGGAUGGAACUCGACUCUGGAGAGCAUUUGCGAGGGUGUUCCGAUGAUAUGCAGGCCCCAAUUUGCCGACCAGACGAUAAAUAUGAGGUACGUCCAAGAAGUGUGGAAGAUAGGAUUUGAGCUAGAAGGGGAGUUGGAGAGGGGGAAGAUCGAGAUGGCAAUUACCAAGUUACUGUGCACGGAAGAAGGUAGACAGAUGAGACAGAGGGCCAGGGAUCUGAGGGACAAAGCUGCGAAGUGCAUCGAGGAAGAAGGCUCUUCCCAAUCUGCAAUAGAGUUGCUGCUGAAGCGCAUAAUGUCAUUUUAGAUAUAUUUUUUCAUGUAUAUGAAGAAACUAUUGUUGUUAUUAGAUGUAUUUAUUGCGAGGAACCUCCGUUUGAUCUUGA